UGAUCACCCCUUGUAACUAGUCCAACUCUGAUCGAUACUUUUAACUACUCCAGGUUGACCGAAAAGCAUCUCCAAUCCAAUUUUUUAGCCGCCCUGUAUCAUCUCUCUUACCAAAGAAAUAAGAAAAAACAGCUGACUCUGUUCGGCCUACAUCACAGGCAGUUUGGAUUCUUCGACUCUUCUUGUUUUUAAUUCAAUCCCCAUCUUUCUCCAAAUGAAAGAACAAACAGACAUGGAGAACAAGUGGAAGAAAUGGAGUACAGGUGAAAACCCGGAGCAUACAAUUACAGAAGUGUCAAAAACCUGGAACAUGAAAGAUGCUUUAUCUCUGCUUCAAGAAAAUCUCCCUGAGGAUGAUCCAAGGUCAACAGUUCAUCUUGCCCUCGGCGACCCGUCUUUGAUUCGGUGCACUAGCCCUGUGGCUGAGGAGGCUGUCAUUGAAGCCCUUCGAUCAUCCAACUUUAACGGCUACCCUUCCAACUGCGGUCUUCCUUUAGCUAGGAGAGCUAUUGCAGAGUACCUCUCUCGUGAUCUUCCGUAUAAAUUGUCGCCAGAGGAUGUCUAUGUCACCUGUGGAUGCAAAGCAGCCAUCGAAACCAUACUGCCAGCUCUGGCUCGUCCCGGUGCCAACAUUCUGCUUCCUAGGCCUGGCUUCCCAUGCUAUGAAUCCUUUGCAGCUCUUAGCAACCUCGAAGUUCGCCACUUCGAUCUAUUACCAGAAAAGAACUGGGAAGUUGAUCUUGAUGCUGUGGAAGCUCUUGCUGAUGAGAACACCGUUGCUAUCGUCAUCAUCAACCCGGGAAAUCCUUGCCCAAGUGUCUUCACGUUCCAACACCUGAAAAAUAUCGCGGAGAUUGCAAGAAAGCUGACAAUUACUGUCAUAACAGAUGAAGUUUACGCCCAUCUCACGUAUGGCGAAAUCCCUUUUGUUCCAAUGGGGGUGUUUGGAUCUAUUGUCCCUGUAAUUACACUGGGGUCUAUCUCAAAGAGGUGGAUGGUUCCUGGUUGGAGACUUGGUUGGCUUGUCACAACUGAUCCAACCGGGUUUUUCCGAAAAGUUGGGGUUGUUGAUUCAAUUAAGACACUGCUCUGUCACUCCCCUGACCCUGCGACUUUUAUUCAGGGUGCAGUUCCUAAUAUUAUCGCGAAAACACCAGAAGAGUAUUUCUCAAGAACUGUCCAUAUACUUAAACAAGCUUCGGAAAUUUGUUAUAGUAGAAUUAAGGAGAUCCCAUGCCUAACCUUCUCAUGUAAGCCAGAAGGUGGCAUGUUUGUAAUGGUGAAGCUAAACCUGUCACAACUGAAAGACAUAAAAGAUGAUACGGAAUUCUGUCUCAAGCUAGCAAAAGAGGAAUCUGUCACCACCCUGCCAGGGACUGUUGUGGGACUGAAGAAUUGGAUCCGGAUAAGUUUUGCAACUGAGCUCUCUUUUCUUGAAGAUGGCUUAGAAAGGAUAAAAUCUUUUUGCCAAAGGCAGGCAAAAAUGCAAUCACUUUAAAACUAGUGGAAAUUUCGUUAUGGAUGUUGUUUGAUCAGUUGUUGGAUGUCGGUCCCAUUUCUGUUUUUGAAAUGUUAAAGACUUUUUUUUUUUUUUUUUUUUUUUUUUCCUCUGUUUUUUCUGAAAUAAGUACAUGGUUUUUCUUCAGCAUAAUUCAUAGGUGAUUUGGGGUCUCUAGACCUGUGUUGGGUAGAGGGAAGGAGAAUACAAAGCCCGUACAUUGUACUCUAAUUAAAUUACAAAAAUAAUAACAUGAAUACAAAAGUUAUACCUGUAA